GGGGCUUGGGAGACGCAAGCACCUGCGCACUAGCGUGGCCGCUCCCGGCCGCGUGCGGACAGAAUGUCUGCGCAAGCGCAGGGGCUCGGGCGGUUGGCUGGCUCGCUAGAGCGCAUGCGUACCAACUACAAAGUGGGGUGCUGGGGUUGAGGCUUUGAAUUAAUGCUGCAAGCACUGUACCUGUUGCUGUUGAGAUGGAGCAGCAGACUAGUAAUCCUACUAACAAAAAAGCCAAAGAGGAAGAUAAUGCUGUGUGUUUUUGUCCAGCAAAACCCUCCCCCAGUUAUAUUAAUCUUCAAGCAAAUUCCUUGCCAGCCAGUUUCUUGAACAUCCAGACAACAGAGCUGCCUUCAGGAGCUGGCCAGAAGCCCAAGGAGUGCCUAGGAGUCCUAGGAAGUGUGUAUGCCAACCUCCAGCUUCAGACCCAGCUUGCCCAACAACAGAUGGCUAUUUUAGAAAACUUGCAAGCUUCCCUAUCACAACUGGGUCCUGGGCGGGAAAGCAACAAUGGUUUUCUCCCAGCCAUAUAUUGUGGUCUGUUGUUAAAUCACCUGCCCCAAUUCCAUAAAUGAACUGUGGAACAAAGA